AUGACGUCAUUCGAAUUCAGGAGCGCGACGAACGACGUCGGGCCAUCGGAUGAGGUUGGCGGUGACGGCGAGCUCGAGCUAGACGACCACUCGCCCCGUCUACCAUUCCCAGGAUCGCCUACAUUCACCGAGGUUUUUCAUGGCUUUCAUCAUGUUUUUUCUCAUUUUCUUCCCUUUUUUAAUCCCAGCUCAUCACUUUUUUUGUCUCGAAUCAAAAUGAAUAUUCCAGUGGUUUGUCCUAAGCGUUUUGCCUGCGUGCAGCACGCUGGAGAUGCCCCGACGUCGCGAGAAAUUCGUCGAAAUCACUAAAACCGUCACUGUCACGGAGGUUAGUUAUUAUAUCAUUGAAAAAAAAAACCUUGUGAGUCUCAAAACUCGUGUUUUCAUGCAUUUCACUUCACGUUUGAAAUUAUUUUUUUUCUGAAUUCUCUUUCAUUUUUAUUCAUCCUCCUAUAUCUCUAUAAGUUGUUGACUGCGUCUUGGAAUCGUCUGACCUGUCUGCGCUCUGUUUUCCCCUCGUUGACUAAGCCAUAGAGACAUGAACACAACGUGUAAACAGGAGUAGGCAUAGAGAAAUGAGAAUCUAUUAAAUUGUAGCGAAUGAACUAUAUAUAAUUUUUUUAAAUUUUAAACUUUUUUUCAUUCUUUCUUUCAAUAACCAUUUAAAUUAUUCAAGCUAAGUUUUUUUUCUGUUGAUUUUGAAAAUAUUCCCAAGUUUCAUGCUCCACUUUUUAUGUGUCCAUUUCUCAUGCUCAUUUCAUUUUUAAUCCUCCUAAUCUUCUCUUCAAAAAAAUCCAAUUCACGAAACAUACUCCAUUCAGCGUUAGCUCCAUAAGAAGUCACUACAGAGCCGUCUAAACCUCCUCUUUUUAACACUAUCUCGCUAAUCUUGUCAAAAGCCGAAAGUGGUUAAACUUCACAUAAAAAUUCUCGAUAUUUUCAAUUAAAAACACCGGUAGCAAAAAACUCCCCACGAAAUUCUCAUUUUGUUUCCCAAUAGAAUUACUCAUUUCCUUUCUCUUGUUGUCUUCUUUUCUGCUUCGGAGCAAAACGCUUCUUGUUUUCGACUUUUUUUCAUUUUAAGAAGAAAUUUCCUUCGUAUUGCUGCAAUUUUCAAGUGAGUUUACUAUGAUGUUCUUGCCGAGUGUCUAUCAAAUAUAAUGGUGUGCGAUUUUCACUAAUUUUUCUUUCCUAUACUAUAUUUUUAAAGAUUAAACUAAAAAAAUCAAUAAAAUCAGUGGAAGAGAGGAACAGAAAAAAAGUUCUUUGGAAUUGGCAGAUUUUUUUAAAAAAUCAAAUUUUGACAUAUCUUUAUCCACACGUUCAUUCACAGUUAAUACUACGUUUCAUUUUUCUGAAAAAUUGCCAAUCUUGUUAAAAAAUUAUCCAAACGACCUCAACAGUGCACCUCUUCCUUCAAGUCUCUAACGAAAGACCCUUUUUCCAUCAUUUUUCCUCUGAACGCCCCGAAGAAGAAACCCUAACGCCACUACUUUCCUACCUAAUCUUCGAAUAAAAUAAGAAGCGAAGUCCGAAAAAAAAAACCGCAGUUUCUCAUGGUGAUAUGAUUGAGCGAUUGGAUUAAGAUCGUCAACGGUCCGCCGGACAAGCACCCGAGGACGUGCCAAGUGAAAGUGACGAAUCUGGCGCCGGCUGAUUCGGCGACGCCGCACCCCGUCAACGUCUCCAUCAAGCACAUGCACGAGAAAUGGCGCUCAUCUGAUGGGCUCAACGACGACGGCGACGUCGACGAGGAUUCUCGGCUUUCCGACCGGAGGAGGAGUCAUGGGACGGUUAGUAACGAUACAGAUUUGGAAAAUGAGAGCGAGUUGACGACUAGAGAGAUUUUUCCAUAAAUCAUUUUGAGAAAGAAUUCAAAGCUUUCUUAUAGCUGAUUCACGGUCAGCUUGGGACGCUAAGGGGGCGUGUCCUGUCUGAGCUCUCCACGAGCCAGACGCUAUCUCGUGCAUUAUCGUGUCAGGACCCGUUUUUCGAUGGCUCAAGCCAGCCGUGA